CUCAGCUCCACUUCCUGGAUACGUGCCGCGGGGGGAGAGCGCAGCUCGACUCUCUGUUUUCAACAAAAGUUGAACUUGUUUCUUACACACACGCCAACAAGCGGUUAUUUUAACGAAAAGCGGCCGUUUUAGUGCCUGGAAAUGAUCUACGAUGACGUAAGCUGGGCAGCAAGACGUCGCAGAUAAACUCUAAAAAGCCUCGGGUUGAGAGCCUUGGUGAAACGGGUCGUCCGCGCGUCGCUCCCGCAGCGCCACGUCACCGUACGAUUCCGAGGAACAACACCCGGGUUUCAGUCCCCGGUCCCGGGGCUCUCGGGGACCGCAUAUCUCCCCCCCCCCCCGGUCCAGAGGCGCUUUGUGGGUGCAAGGGCACCGGUCGAGGAGCGGGAGAGAUGGCGGCGUCCAACUGGGGCCUCAUCAUGAACGUGGUGAACAGCAUCGUCGGAGUGAGCGUGCUCACGAUGCCCUUCUGCUUCAAACAGUGCGGGAUAGUGCUGGGAACUCUCCUUCUGUUCUUCUGCUCCUGGAUGACCCACAAGUCGUGCAUGUUCCUGGUCAACACAGCGAGCAGCACCAAAAGAAGGACCUAUGCAGGAUUGGCUUUCCACGCAUACGGGAAACCAGGAAAGACUGUGGUGGAGAUGAGUAUGAUUGGAUUGAUGUUGGGGACCUGCAUUGCCUUCUACGUCGUGAUCGCUGAUCUGGGCUCAAAUUUCUUCGCUCAGCUGUUGGGUUUACAGGUGACGGGCAUCUUCCGCGUGCUGCUGCUGAUCGCCGUGUCUCUGUUCAUCGUCCUCCCGCUGAGUCUGCAGAGGAACAUGAUGUCCUCCAUCCAGUCCUUCUCCGCCAUGGCACUCAUGUUCUACACCUUCUUCAUGUUCACGAUAGUGUUGUCGUCUCUGCGCUACGGCAUUAUCUCAGGCUCCUGGGUGGAGCGGGUUCACCUGUGGCGCUUCAAGGGCGUCAUUCAGUGCCUCCCCAUUAUCGCCACAACCUUCUGCUGUCACCCACAGGUGCUGCCCACCUACGACAGCCUGGACGAGCCCUCCGUCAAACGCAUGAGCACCAUCUUCACCUCCAGCCUCAACGUGGUCACCGUCUUCUACAUCACCGUGGGGUUCUUCGGCUACGUCAGCUUCACGGAGAACAUCGCGGGCAACGUGCUGAUGAACUUCCCCUCCAACCCGGUGACGGAGAUGAUCCGCGUGGGCUUCAUGAUGUCCGUGGCCGUAGGGUUCCCCAUGAUGAUCCUGCCCUGCCGGCAGGCCAUCAACACCAUGCUGUUUGAGCAGCAGCAGAAGGACGGGACGUUUGCUGCUGGGGGGUACAUGCCCCCCCUGCGCUUCAAGAUGAUCACCCUCUGCAUUGUGUUUGGCACCAUGCUGGGAGGCAUUCUCAUCCCCAACGUGGAAACCAUUCUGGGUCUGACUGGAGCCACGAUGGGCAGCCUCAUCUGCUUCAUAUGCCCCGCUCUCAUCUACAAGAAGAUCCAGAAGAGCAGCAUCAUUUCUCAGCUGGUGCUUUGCGUGGGUCUGGGCAUCCUGCUGGUCAGCACCUUCACAACCCUCUCAAUUUCGGCCUCAACCCCCCGCGCCAGGGUCCAAGCUCCUCCCCCUCCGGCAGCUGUCAAGACCAGCCCGCUGACCCCAGACCUUCGUGAACGACACGAAAACCCUGCGACUAAGCCGGUGGCGAUCGAAAAACCGGACUUUCCGACUGUGAAGGCGGUACAAGCAGUAGACGGGGGGCCUCCUGAGCCCCCCCAGAUUGAAGUACCAGUGGAACUACCUAAGAGGAAGGUGGAGGAGGCGCAGUUGGACCGCCCUAGGGCCGGUGUUGCAGAGGCAGAGGGCAAGGCCCAGGCCCAUCGGCAUGAACCCCCCAUCCCCCACUAUCCGGUCGAGGUGGACAACAGAAAGAACAACGCAGAGCUGGAGGAAGGCAAGAAACCACCUGAGGAACCUAAAAGAGAGGAGGAGCCAGGGUUGGGCCCCGCGGGGGGGAAACAGGGCCGAGAAGACAACGGCGCUGAAGAGAAACCGAAGCCUGUGGUGGCUGUUGUGGGGAAGGAGGGCGUGGAUUUGGGUGGAGGGGAAGUCCGGUCCAAUGAAGAAGUGGAGAAGCCCGUCCCCGAGGCAGACAAAAAGCUGGAGGUCCUCCAGCCAGAAGAAGUCGGGGACCUCGAUCCGGGGAGAGGUCCUCUCGCUGGGAACCCAGCCGCGGGGGUCAACGGAGCGGCCAAAGCGCCAGAUGCUGCAGGGAAACCUCCACUUUCCGAUGGAGACCCUCGUCCUGCUGGAGACGGCAAAGACACAGCAGAUGAGAAGAUGGAUGUGAUAAAAAAGCUGGUUGCAGAAGGCCAGCUGGACCACGCAGUGCUGCUGGAGGUCAUCAAGCAGCAGCAAGAGCAACAGAAGAGAAUUCUGGACCAGCAGGAAAAACUAAUAGAUCUGAUAGAAGAGCAACACAAGGAAAUCCACCAGAAACAGCCUGCUGGGGCUGCUGACGGUGAGGCAGAGAAAGGACUCCCGGAUGCAAUGGAGGGUGCAGCGGAAAAGCACAAAGAGUCCGGCCCGGAGUCCGAUGGGAAGAAGCCCAAGCAGGAGGCUGCUGGAGGAGGAGGAGGAGCCGCUGGCGUUGUAGCUGCUGGUGGAGUUGGGGCAGAAGCUGGUGUUGGUGCUGCUGGUGGAGUUGGGGCAGAAGCUGGUGUUGGUGCUGCUGGUGGAGUUGGGGCAGAAGCUGGUGUUGGUGCUGCUGGUGGAGUUGGGGUAGAAGCUGGUAUUGGUGCUGCUGCUGGAGAUGGUGCAGCAGCAGGUGCUGCAGGUGGUAGAGUUGAAGCUGGUGUUGGUGCUGCUGAUGGAGUUGGUGCAGCAGCAGGUGCUGGUGGGGUUGCAGCUGGAGCUCCUGCUGAAGCUCUUGCUGGUGUUGUAGCUGCUGGAGGAGCGCAGCCUCAGCCCGUGGAUCAGAAUCAAGCAGAGGCCGGGCCGGGGUCAGAGGUCAGGGGUCCACAAGUAGGCGCUUCCAAAGAGGAUGGCCAUGUUGCACCUGCAGGAGAUCUUGGGGCGAGGGGAGUCCCGCUGGUGAAUAAAAUACCUGAAGAUAACCGGCAGCCAGCAGCUCAACCUAAAGACGAGGAAAUAAGCAUAGACGAGGUAAAGAAGAAAAUUGAAAAUCUUAAAAAAGAACAGAUCGAGAAAGAGGUUGAGGCGAGAAUGGAAAAAGAUCGGCGUGACCGCGAGAUAAAGGAAGCGCUGGCCAAAGAGCAGGAGCUGGAGGUAGAGAGAGCCAUGAUGGAUAAACUCGCUCAGGAAAAGGCCGAGAAGGAGAGACUUGAGCAGGAGCUGCAGAAAACCGACAAUGAAAUACUGGAGAGAGCGAAGAAGGAGCGAAGCGCAGAGGAGGCUCGGGGGAGGCUGGCCCAGCUGCAGCGAGCGGUAGAAGACGAGCAGGCGGCACUGGGGGCCGAGGGAGGGGACGCCGGGGCUUUGAAGAAAGGAGGACGAGACCUCAAACAGAACGCCGGCGCUCCGGCGCCCCCCGGAGAAGCUGUGGAGGACGGGGCCGUCAAAGCCCAGGCUCGGCCCCAGGGCCCCCGCGAGAGGGCCGGGGACACGGGAGGGACGGAUCUGAGACGCAGGCGCAGGGCGCUGGGACCCGGGGAGGCCGCGGGGCGCCCGGAGGAGACCGCGGCGUCCAGGGGGGUGGCGGGGCUGGAGCCCCUGCUGGAGCUGGGGGGCUCGGACCUGCACGCGGCCCUGGAGGAGCAGCUGCUGGCCGGGGCAGUGGUCCACUCGCGGCAGAUCAAACAGGCCUCAGAGGACGGAGGAGCGACCCAACACCCAUAAAAUCCUCCCUGUGAUUGGCUCACCUGCAGGGCGCCGCUUUGCUGCCUUCAGAUACACAAUGUGGACAAAGAGGAGCCACGUGCUAACAACCCAAAGACUUUUAUCAAAGAGCAAUGUGCAUGUAAAUAUUAAUUUAUUUUUGUCUCAAGGGAGGGGGGAAUAUUGAGGAGGUUACUGUUGUAAUGUUUAUCAAUCUAUGCAAUACUUUCUUUAGUGUUUGGACCGGGUGGAUGUAUUGAUGGUUGCGUGUUGGAGUCACUUUUCAUUCACCAGCUUAGUGGAGCCUCUCUGUAGGAUAUGUUUGUGCUUUAUUGUCUCCUGUGCUGAUUUUCUAUUAAAUUUGUAAUAUUUGUCUUCUGCUUUAAUUAUACCUUUUAUUUGAAAUGUUAAAGGUUUUCUUUAGAAACCUAAAUAUAUUACCAUAAAUAAGAUGUAAUAUGGGUUCCAGAGUUGUUUCACUAUACUUUGAAGUCAAAGUAACAGUAUUCAGCCUCAUGCUGGAGGAACUUCGUGUAGGAUUCUUUUUGGACAAAGAAGCAGCUGGUUCCACGACUCGAGUCAUCAAUCAUUCCAUCUUCCUCUAUAUGUUCCUGGAUGAUUUAUCAGUGCCUUUAGGAUCCAUCUGCUGCUUUUAGAUAACAAAAUGUGGCCUUGUUCUUUUUCCUUGUACUCUACCUGUAAAGAGUACAUAAGAGAACGUAAAGCAUGCACAUUGGGUUAAGGACAGUAGCAGGAAGGUGCGCAGUUUGUAGUGUUUCUUUGCUAUCACAUUUUUCUGAAAGAUGCUAUUUUUGUAUUCUUUAUUGCAAUUCUGUAUAAAUAAAAACAUGAUAUCCGUG